AUGAGGAAAAACUCCCGACGCUUCUCCUUACCUGCCAUCUCGUCCGUGUGGUGGCGGACACGCUCCCGCUGCGUCGCAUUGUCGACGACGCUGUCCUUGAUGGACUGGAACGCAGCUGGUUCCCUGGACGCGCUGCGCACGCAUCCUGCGGAGCUCCCGGACAGUCUGCAGCGCCACUUCCCCGACGGGCAGGAGGGCGGAAAGGAGCAGAGACACAAACUUCGGACGUCCGCACACGGCUGCUCGGACAGCGCCAGACCCACUCAGCCAUCACCUGCCCACGGCGCCGACCAGGCGUAG